AUGGCACAAAUGGCGGCCAGGGAAACAGUUGAACGUUUUGAGACGCAGUUCGGGCGAUUGAUGACAAGAUUUCACGAGCUGGAACCAACAUUCACCUACAUAGUCAUUCAAAAGCGACAUCUUACGCGCGAUUCUAUUCAAACCAAUUACAAAGACGAACAAGGACAAGAGACGUAUGUGAAUGUGUCAUCUGGCACCGUUGUCGAUAACAAGGUCGUGUCGCCACAAUUCUUCGACUUUUACUUGGCAUCUCAAAUAGGAACCUUGGAAAUGUGUUAUCGUCUCUGCUUUUUGUACGCGAGAUGCCGAAUUCCUGUCUCUUUACCAUGUCCAGUCUAUUACGCACAUCGUGUUUGUGAGAAGGCAAAGGAUGUUUACAAAACACUUCUCGCGUAA